UUGGAGGAGAUGCAUAUUGCGAUCUGCGGCGGUGGGGUCAUCGGGUGCACGUUGGCGUACUACCUGGUGAACUCCCCAGACUUCAAGGACGAUGACUCAGUUACAGUUGUGGAAGAUGUGGAGGUGGCUGCCGCAGCAUCUGGAAAUGCAGGCGGCUUCUUAGCGUCAAACUGGUGCGAAGGCGAGGACAUUGAUGCCUUGUGUCGCCUCAGCUUUCAGCUCCAUGAAGAACUGGCGACGUCACUCAAUGGAAGCAAAUUGUACGACUAUCGACGUGUGGACACCAUAUUGUGCCUUGUAUCGACGAAACGAGCUGGCGGUGUCAACGACGGCAUUCCAGGAUGGAUUCGAGCGAAGGUGGUGGAAUCCCAUUCCAUUGGCUCCACUGCGUCAAACGCUCAACUGCAUCCACGAAAGUUCACCAACACAAUGAUGCAAUUGGCGAUCCAAUCUGGAAAAGCCCAUCUCGUCCAUGGGUCAGUGCAAGGACUUGUAUCCCGUCACAGCAAGAUCAGCGGGAUCGUCUUGCAGGACGGCUCGACGGUCGCUGCGGACGCUGUCGUCCUUGCCAUGGGCCCGUGGACAUUUCAAGCUCUCCAAGAAUGGGCAAAUUAUCCCUCCAUCGUUCCCCUCGAGGUGUUUAAGAUCCACAGCAUCAUCGUGCAACCCACGACAACAUUUGAACCCAUCGUAGUCUUCGGAGACAUCAAGAGCAACCCUCCCCGCGAUGUAGAGAUCGUUCCUCGGCCUGACGGGACCGUGUAUGCAUGUGGACCACGCGUGGCCGAGGCGCUCCCUCCGUCUGCGUCACAGGUGCUCCCAUCGUCUCAUGGCAUCACCCAAGCUCUGGCGGACGUGUCUGUGUUUACACAAACGGAUUUCCACGGCAACCAAGUGAUCGCGAAGCAAGCGUGCUACCUGCCCGCGACGAAAGACAACAUCCCAGUCAUUGGGCGUGUGCAGGACGGCUUGUUUGUGGCAACAGGUCAUUACUGCUGGGGCAUUCUAAACGCCACGGGCACAGCCCUUGCGAUGUCGGAGCUGCUCUUGACUGGUGCAGCCUCGUCCCUCGACUUGGAGCCGUACUCGCCUGUGCGGCAUACAACUAUGUACAAGUAAAUAUCGUAAAAUGCAAUUGCAUCGAGGGAGG